AAAUUUACAUGCAAUUAUUGCUACUUUAUUCCGAUUGGUUUGCCACUUACGGAUCUGGCACCGCCUCUGCUAGUCGAUAGAGAAUCAUUUAUGUGUACACGUAACACGUAUCGUGAUCUCUUAACGGAUGGAUGAUUAAGUUACGACUAUGUAUAUCAUUGAUCGAUCGACUAACGUUAGGAAGGGAUUAUUAAUGAGCAUUAAAAAUCUAUCGCAUAAAUCAAUAAUGCGUAUCAGUCAGACCAAGUUGAAUUCAAAAUUUUUUAAACUCGGUGAAAUAGAGGUCCUUUUAAUCCUUCGUAUAACAUUGCUAUUGAAAUUUGUAAUAUCAUUUUUUCCGUAACUUAUACGGCUUACGUUACUCAAUGUCCUAAAUAACGGUACAUUCGAUACGCGUAUCCUUCUACGCCUCUCAAGCAAUUCAAGUUCUGAUUGAAUAAAGAGACCCGAUCUAUUCGCGUCUAAGAAACACAUCAAUGGUAUAAAUAAUUGCAUCAAUCAUAAACGCAACGACACGUCGCUGAUAAUAACACCUUUGAGAUAAAUCAAAGUCGGACAAUUAAUUCUUCCAUCGGUCUACACGAUUUUUCAUAUCGCCACCUCCUUCCCCUUUCAUCUUUUUUCAAUGGGAUCACGCGAUGCAAUGGCUGCACUUGUUCCAACUUGUUUGCACCAUUAUCGUUUCAUCUCGGACUAGUGACGAAUGAUUUGUAACAAAUUUGCUCAGGAAAGCGUAGAACGAUGAAAAAACACGAUAGAAAACACGAGAAGGAAGAUAUAGUGAAAAAGGUCAACGUCGUCUGAUCACGGAGAUCGUUAGCGGUUUAACACCUGCUAUCGAAUCCGGUUCGAAAGGAUUCCUAGAAGAAACGAACGAUUGUUAUAUUUCAUUGUCGUAUGCGUUAGCGAUCGCCUCGUUUAUCAGGCCCCGCGAUCAAAGGCUGCAGAAACCGGUGAUUGUAUUCGCGUUGUCGACCAUUACAGAAUACCUAGCAAUGUCCAUCGGAGGUCCGAUCGAAAGAUCACCGGACGACCGACAGGAUGUCCAUGUAAACGCCUUUAGAAAAAUGAAAGAAAAAUGGGUCAAGAACUCUAACUAAGCUUCACAUUGUUACAAAGAUCUUGAAGGCUACGAGUUACUAUCUUUUUUUUUUUUCGUUUUUUAAAUUCAAUAUCAAAAGAGAAUAUGGAACGAUACUCAAUGCCCGGCAACUAAAAGUCGACGUCAUUGAAUGCCACCUAAGGCAUGGCUACGGUUCUCUUCGCUGACCUUCGCGGGUUUAGAUCGACGACAGUUCCGUGACCGGUCCAGAGCACCUUUUGCGUUUCGUAUAAUUCAGUGGAAUUGCAUAAUUCGUGGGUAAAUAACCUCAGCUCCGAAUCCGGUUCGCGCUUCGUGACAGAUUUCUUUUGUAUCGCCGAGACAAACGGUGGUCCACGUGACCAGAUAUUUCUCGAAGCGGAAAGCCAGCACAUUCGAUAAUCUACAUCUUGAAAGUUUGAACGGUGCCUCCGCUAGCCUUUGAUUGGUAUUACAGUGUAGAUCAACGGUAGGGAAGAAAAGGACGAAGGGACGACGUAACACGCGAAUCGACUUUCAAUUUCGAAAGACGGUAUUAAAGUUCGAGCUAUUCGAUAUCCACGCGUGCAUUGGCAACCGACACACAAGCCCCUUCCUUCACAUUUAAAUAAAACCGCAAUAUCUUUCUAUUCUACGCGAACGUUUUGAUCCGUACCAAGUGAAGUAAAAGCGAAAUGUUCGAGAAGAUACUCGGUGAUUUUCCGAAACGAAUACGUCUUUGCGGGCUUAAUCGGUUUUCAGUGUCACGAAUGUCUGUCAACACAUGAAUGACGGAAGUCAAUUUAUCGGCAAACGUUGUCCAAUUAUUUUUCGAUUUUAUCUAUCGCCGCAUAUGUACACUGAACUUGAAUUAAACACCUUGCGCCGGAGCGGAAGAACUCGCUCGUCCACCGACGCAAAUACUAAGAGAUUUUUUAUGUGAAAGGAAAACCAACUGGAGCUUUCUGAACGCACGAAACUGUUAUAUUUCCGUGUCACGUUGCAAUAUGUACACGAAUCAUGAGAAAACGUGACAGUUCUAAUAUUGUAGGGGAUUUUAUUGCGUAUCGCGGAAUGUCAUGGCAGCUUCGAGGAUAAUCAAGUUAGUUAAUACCAUUCAUUCUUAUAGGACCCUAUCGUGCGCCAGGGUCUUAUGAUAUAUCGCUGAGUAAUUGGCAUAAGUAGUAAUUUCAUUCUUUUUUUAAAUUUCUAUUAAACGUCGAUCGCGUGUCUCAGGCAAACAUGGACAUGUGUUUAACGCAUAUUAUUUUUUUGCUUUUUGCCUCCCUGAAUCGAUUCAUUUGCAUAAGUGAUAUUAAAUGCUAGAACCUGUACAAAUGUAUCUGAAAUAUUAGAUCUUCCCUCGGUUGUUGCGUCCAUGGUAAAUUACACACGAUGGAGACAUCAUCGAUAAUCAAGAGACUUGAAAGAGGAACUCGCGCGACUAAUUAUUAGCGGAAAGAACGGAAAUACGUCGCGAGAGAGAUGAUCGAACGUGUACGCGAACGUUAUGUAAAGUAUCCUUUCCAAUUCCUAAAAGAUGCAUAUCAAUCUUGCUUGAAAAAUCGUCGUUUCCUGGCGAAAAGAUCGAUUGCUUAAGCGACAAACCAUACGUAACAAACGAACAAAUAUAAGAAUACAAAAAAUCGAGCAAGACACGCUGACGAUCAAAUGCCGAUAUUUCUGAUCGCUAAGCAUCCUAAACAGUAUUCGUCUGUCCCUGAACCUGUAAGAAUGGCUUUUGCCCGUACUGAGAGUAUAUAAGACUGACGACGUCCUAUCACAAAGCGCAGUGUUAGAUUACCACCUCGACGUCAACAACGAGCCUCGCGUUAUUGACAAACUCGCCGGUGUUUCUACAUUCAGUGGUCAAUUGAAUCACCAACUGUCAUCGUUUCGAAACGAUAUCAUCGCCCAAAUUUUAACAAAACCGGUUUCGAAAGUAUAAGAUUCACGUUGAAUAUUACAUUAUGGAAACUGCGCUAUCUACGGACUUGGUCGAUUCUGCUCUUAGCGAUGUCGGCAAGAGUCAGACCACUUUCGCGAAAGAUGUGCCGAAAAUGGUCAAGUAUACGAUGGUGGAACGAAUUCUUUUACAGCGAAAAAGACGUAAUUGUGAUUCUGGAAAUCAAAACCUACUCAACUUGUAUUAGCUGUCACGAAUCAUUGCAUGGAAAUAGAUUAACUCUAGCUGAUUCAGCGAACGGCGAAAGAAUUGACAUGGACUAUCAGAUUCAAGUAAUCACUAGAAAUGAUAAGCUCAAGAUACUUAACUUCCUCAGGAAGUUCUUCUUCAGAGACGAACCGCUCAAUCAAUCGGUCCAAUUGCUACCAGAGAGAGAAGCAUACACUUGCCGCGAAUUGGAGGAUUAUAGUCUAACUUGCUUUGAGAACAAUCUCAAUCUGAUGGCAGUCUUACCGAACGGUACUUUAGUUGGUGUAAUAUUAAAUGGAAAGAUGGAUCGUUCAAGCAACGAAGAACCACAGUUCAUAGCUAGGUGCCGAAACCCAAAAUUCAAAAAAAUUCUUAAGUUACUGCAUUACGUGGAUCAGAAUGUAAAUUGCGAUGACAAAUUUCAAGGGUUGGAUAUCUUGGAAAUUAAAAUAAUUUCCGUAGAUUCUAAUUGGCGAGGCAAAGGCGUUGGCAAAGCGCUGCUGGAGAGAACACUUGAAAUUGGGAAAGAGAGAGGCUUUCACAUGGCACGUGCCGACUGCUCGUCCUCUUUUUCUGGGAAACUUUGUACACGAAUGGGCUUUGAACGAAUAUACGAACUCAACUAUAAGGAUUAUGUAGACGAGGAUGGUAAUCCUGUAUUUACCCCCGCAUUUCCACAUACAGAAAUUGUUUCAUACAUUAAGAAAUUGUGAAAAGUGUCAUGAUACGUAUUUGAAAUCAAGUACCUGUUUAAAACCGAGUAUAACUUUCAGAAACGCACUCCUAUAUCUACGUCAUAUUUUUCUUAUUAUCAAAUAUCCGUACACAUGAUACAUUUCUUUUCUGAAAGUUACUUUUCUUUUAUAAACAUUUAUUUAUUUUUUUUUUCUACGAAUUAAUCUAAUAUAUCUAUAAUUAUUUCAUCUCGAUGCUAUAAAAACGAAUUGUGCCAAAAUGUCAACAAUAAUAAAGUUUAAGAAAUAAAACGCACGUUAAGAAGUACAUUUGAUUUAAACAAUAAAUGAAUAUUGCAUUAUUAGCAGCAUAGACAGAUAUAUAAAAAUUACAUGUUCUAAUUUUAUUGAAUGUGUUUAAAAUAUGUAUGAAUUUGUUAUUACUCUGCUGUAAUGAAUUUAUACACAAAAAUAAAGAUGACACAUAAUUUGUAUGUAAGCAUAA